AUGACGGACGAUUUUCAGAAUUUACCAUUCAAGACUCGCAUCAGUCAGCCGUUCCAAGAGGGUCAAACGAUACACGCACUCGGACAAACUACCGUCAACCCUAAACGCGUGGAUUUCAACUUCCAUAGAGGCGCUUAUAAAGAUGCUGAUAUGCCGUUGCAUAUGUCCAUUCGAUUCGAUGAAGGUAAAUUGGUCUACAAUACGUUCGAAAAUGGCAAUUGGAGUGAUAAUGAACAACGGCUCAGCAAUCCAUUCAAGCCAAACGAAAUUUUCGACCUGAGAGUGCGAAUCUUAAGCGGCAAGUAUCAGGUAAUCUGA